AUGGCUCCAUACGCCUCACCCAAACACCGCUCCUCCCCCGCACGCCCCUUAAAGAACACCCCGAAAGCCUCCCUGAAAGGGUCGCGCAACUCAGACCCUGCUCCCAUCGAGGGACCUCCUCUCAAGAAACGCAAAUAUGUUCCUGGUGGACCCGGUGGGGGAGGGAGAUACAUCGAGCUGGAUGUGAGGGAGACGAAACCGCCGAAGCCCAAACCGAAGCCCUCUCCAGCGAGACGCAACUCGACCGCGACUCCUCGCACCCGUCCUCUCCCCGAACCCGCACCUCAGCCCGCACCUCAAACCGCGCCGCAACUCCCCCCUCCUCCCCCCGUCCCAACAACUCCUCCAUCAGCGCGCGUGACGAGAGACAAAAGCCAGAGUCGCGGCGGCAGGUUCGGUUCCUCUACCGCGGCGGCCAUCGCCCUGCAGCAAGGCGAUGGGUAUAAGCCCCGCGAAGAACGCGGGUGGGAGGAGUUCCACCCGGACCUGGACAUCGACGCAAAGUUCGUGAUCUUCCCGUCUGAGGAGGUGGACCGGCCGGCGCCUAUGGGCCCGCUGGCGAAUAUCCUGACGCCGAACGGCGCGCUCGAUAAGAACGCGGAGAAGGACCCCUUGGCGGAGCUGAUCCGCGCCCAUGCCAACGGCACAUCACCGACGCCCAUCAAGCGUCGUCCUGGACGUCCACCUCGCCGUCCGGAGGCUAUUUUGAACGCUCUGGGGAUCACGGCGCAACCGAAGGUCGUGCCCCCUCCGGGCCCAAAUCCCCGCGAGAAGUUGACCCUGCCGAAGCCGUCGUUUCGCAUCCGCGAUCCGUUCAUCUUCUACGACAAGCCGGGUGUCGGCCAGCAGAACUAUGUUGACCGGACGAUGGCUAGUGUCGGAUACCAGGAAAGCGAUUUGUUUGUUCGCCACGAGCGCCAGAUGAUCCGUAUGCCGGAGGGUGCACAGGAGGACGACCUAGAUGCGGUGAACCCCGUCGCCAUCGAAGGUGAAGUGAACGCGGCUGUGGGGAGGGUAGAGUACGACAUGGAUGAACAGGAUGAGAAGUGGCUGGAAGAUUAUAACUUGAAGCGCCGGGAGGACCAGCUGGAACCCAUUAAACCGGCGGUGUUUGAGAUCACAAUGACAAAGAUUGAAAAGGAAUGGCACACCCUGGAGAAGCGCAUUCCCAAGCCGAACCCAAAACCCCCGCAAACGCAGCGCCCUCGGUCAAGUUCCGCCGCUGCGGUCAAUGGGGAGACAUCCGCCCCCGGCGAGGAACAGGACACGAAAUGCGCCAUUUGUGAUGAUGGUGACUGCGAGAAUGCCAACGCUAUUGUGUUCUGUGAUGGCUGCGACUUGGCGGUCCAUCAAGAGUGUUAUGGCGUUCCCUUCAUCCCGGAGGGUCAGUGGUUGUGUCGGAAGUGCCAGUUGAUCGGACGGGGGUCUGUGAGCUGCAUAUUCUGUCCUAACACCGAGGGCGCGUUCAAGCAGACUACCACGUCCAAGUGGUCGCAUCUGCUGUGCGCUAUCUGGAUUCCAGAGGUGUCGAUCGGUAACCCGUCGCUGAUGGAGCCGAUAACCGACAUCGAGAAAGUUCCUCGCAGUAGAUGGAAGCUCCAAUGCUACAUCUGUCGACAGAGGAUGGGCGCUUCCAUCCAAUGCAGCAACAAGAAUUGUUACCUCGCGUUCCAUGUUACUUGCGCUCGCAGGGCUCAGCUCUACCUGAAAAUGAAGUCCGGACAUGGAUCCCCCGCGAUCAUCGACUCACACCUCCUCAAAGCGUUCUGUGACAAGCAUGUCCCACCGGAAUGGCGACGAGAACACGGGACGGACGCGGCUACAGCAGACGCUAUCGAGUAUUACCGCGAAAAUAUGCAAGGGCGACGAUGGGGCGACAGUCAGGCAGCUGCGCUGUCGUUGGAGCCGUCCAACCCGCUUGGUGAUUAUGACGGUGACGGUGCGCGUCCCCUUCACCCGCAGCGCAUCACUCUUACAGUCGGUGGGAACAAGCGAAAGCGUCCGACAGCACCCAAGACGAUCUGGAAAUUGCCAUCCGGCGCACCUGUUAUCCCCCAAGUGGUUCUCAACUCGGUUGUGGCCUCGCUCCAACGGUUUGGGGUCCGGCAGAGGAAACAGUAUGCCGAAGAUGCAUGCAAAUACUGGACAUUGAAACGGGAGGCCAGGCGAGGGGCGGCGCUGCUGAAGCGGCUGCAGCUCUCGCUCGAAACGUUCUCGUCGAUGGAAAUGACACGGAGAGACUACGUUGCUAUGGGCGUUGCUGGCGGCAAGCGGCUCCAGCGACGGAUUGAGUUUGGCGAACGUCUGUCCUAUGACUUGGAUCGACUGAGGAUGCUCUGUGACGAGGUCAAGAAACGCGAGAGGGAGAAGUUGAAGGAUGCGGAGACCCUCCGAAGCAUAGUUGAUACCGUUUACUUCCCCAUCUUCCCUCUUCUCUGGCCCAUUUUUGAGAAGGCUCAAUUGUUGGACGGCAAGGGUGUUUUCAGGCAGGGCCUCUUGUCUAUUAAGAGUAAGCUGGACGAACGUGCUUACACCUCGAUAUCGGCAUUCUCCGCCGACCUGGCCAGUGUGUUUACCUCGGAAAUAGGCGUGCAGCCUGCCGGAGAUACCGCUGAACUCCAGAUGCAAAUCAGCGGCCGCGCCCCAGAGCUCAGUCUCGAGCAGCGCGAGAAGAGAAAACUGGCCAAGCGGAUUAUCAAGUCCAUUCAGCCGGCCCUUGAAGACGCGAUAAAGAAGGAAAGCGAAUUGAAUCGCAAGCCUUUCGAGCAGGAGCUCAAGGAGUUGGAUGUCAUGCUAGAAAACAGCGUCAUGUCGCGACGAGGCUCGGAGGUUGAAUACCCUGAGCUGUCUGGACCGGAGACAUCAGAACUUCCGAAUGGCACCGAGGAGAACGCCGAAAUCGCCGCCAAACCAGAGGUUGGUGAUGGGACAGAGGGUGUCGCCCCGGCGCCUGAGGCAGAUAACGGCGCAACCAGUACAGAUGCGCCUCAUCGGGAUGAUAACAUGGAGACUUCUACUGCCGAGGCUGUGCCUCCGGAGGCUUCCAACGCUGAGCAACCCGCUCCGACAGCUGAGACUGAAACUGUGUCCGGUGAAACAGACGCCUCUGCUCAACAACCCUCAGCUGAGGCACAACCAGUGAUCAACGGCGAGACUAGCAAGACUGAAGGAGACGGCCUGAAACCUUCCAACCCGCUUGUUCAAUCACACAAAGGGCCGCUCACACCUCCACCCAGUUUCAAAGGGGAUCAACGGCUGCCCUUGGCGCAGGGAGGUAUCCAGUGGUACAUGCAGCCCUUUGACCCUGUUGGUACCACCAUCCAUGAGGAACGGUGGACCGGUCGAGAUGUCAUGCGCGGCAUGAGCGAAGAAUUAAGUGAACUUGAUGAAGAGGAGCUGAAAGAUCUGGUUGAGGAUGAGCUGGAAACUGGGCCGAUGGGGACAUCCGACGAGACAAAGUCCAACGGACCGGACGCCUCCAUGGGUGACCCAAAUGUGAAAGUCCAUCGGACUCGGCGACGCUGGCGUGGAUUCAAAUGA